CUUCCAAUCUGGGUGGCUGGUCCUGUCGGGCGCAACCGCAGAGUAGUCUGUUGAGAAUGCCAUGUUGACGGCAGGUUUUGCAUGCUGUACCGCACGGUGGAGUAAAUAGAAGGCUGGCCAAAUAGUACCCACCUCCUACGGUAUAGCAUGACAUAUUUUUGGUAGUAUUUCCAAAGCCUCGGCCUUAAAAGCCCGGCUUACAUUCCCAGUUUCUAUUGUGUAUCGGCUGCUCACUCUGCCACUCGUCUGUCACUCUCACUGGUCAUAUCUUUAACCGUGCUGAGAUAAUCACUUGCAGAGAAGCAUUGAAAUCAUUCACGCAGCCCGCAAUUGAGAAAGAGAUAUUAGUCGUAGGACUUUGAGCGCUUUCUUUCGCGCAAAGUAUCGCAGUCUGCUCGUUAACCUCGAGGCCAUCAAAACAGUAGAUCUGAUCACUGCGCGUGUGUCCACAGCUGAUUCUGUCGUGCUGAUUCUCUGAAGUUCACCCCUUAGAGUGAGUUGCUGUGAAGUGCAGGAGCAUAGUCAUCAGGCUGUAAGUAGCGAAUUGGGUUCAGUAAAGGAAAACCACAGACAUCGUUCUCUAUCUGUGCGGCAUCCUUCAGGCAUUGAUUCCUACUGCAGUGCUGCUUGGAAGUAUUCCUGGCUACAAUUACAGUCUGGAGCGCAAUUUUGGUUCUCAGUAAAGCGUUCACGACUUAGUAGGGUAUUGAAAGCUACCAAGUCCAACAGCAGGUCCAGAAGUAUGGUGCUUUGGGUUUUUGGAUAUGGUUCUCUGAUUUGGAAGGCGGGUUUUGAUUAUGACGAACGUGUGGUAGGGUUCAUCAAAGGCUACACACGUGUAUUCAAUCAAGCCAGUACUGAUCACCGAGGAACUCCCGACUACCCAGGACGGACGGUUACACUUGAGCCCGAAGAAGGUGCACAUGUGGCGGGCUGUGCGUACCGAGUAUCAGGCUAUGAUGCCGAACAGCUAGUGCUCUCUUAUUUGGAGCUACGAGAGUUUGAGUACGACUUGCGUACAUUUGUUGACUUCUUCACCGAAGAGUCGCCAGAAGAGCCGGUAAUCACAGGGGUCUUGGUGUACAUUGGAUCUCCAAACAGAUCGAAAAAUCGAUACUACUUAGGGCCAGCUCCCCUCCAGAACAUGGCUAGCCAAAUUGCAACUGCCAGAGGUCCUGCAGGCCCAAACUACGAGUAUUUGUUCCGCUUAGAAGAAGCACUUUACGGAAUUGGCUGUGAAGACGAAUACAUAAUUGAGCUUGCCAAUGAGGUUCGGAAGCUCUUAGGAGUGUACGAGGAUAGGAACAUGGGAGAUUUUGAGGACGGGAGAUUGCAACAGGCCUUUGAAGAUGUAAAGCUGCUGCAAGACUACGAGGAUGAGAAGCAGUAUGAGAACUACAAUAGUCGAAAGUUACUAGAGAGCUUUGGACCAUCUCUAGCAAAGAUAUGAAGGAAUAGUCUUAUAGUAUCAACGACUACAUUCUGUUGAUCUAGACACAAGAUAUGUCGUCGUCUAUUUUACCUUCACUGUUUCUAACCUUUUUUCUAGGGGCAGUACUAAGACUGACACAUUAUUCAGACUAACAUAUUUUUCUCAUUAACAAUUUCCGUUGUGGCCCUAUUGGUGCCGCUAUGUUCAUGAGUUGGCUAUCUAAUUUCCAACCUAUUUUUUAACCAAUCUGAUAAGUUGGUUCGAAAUUGUCUUGUUUAUUAA